AAUCUAUUUAAGAAAUACAUAUGAAGAUAGAGGGAUUAACUAAUACUACUUUUAUCAUAAUAAAAUAAAAUUUAGUUAAAGUUUAAACACAAAGCUUCAAAGUAAUUAAGUAAAUUCGUAUCUCGAUUCUCUUCUUUAAGUAGUCUCCCUUUCAACUUUCCUCCCCGCGGCCCUCUCACCUAUCCUUUUCUCUCUCCUUUUAAACUUUAAUUAAAUAAAUAAUGCAAAACCACCAAAAACCGCCAUUUCCACCACCACCACUCUCAGUUUCGCAACCUCCACCCAAACUCAAACGCAAUUCGUUCUCCAACUCAGACGACUCUUCUCACUCCCCUCUCCGAUCCGACUCACCUCUCAACUCCGACUCACCUAUCCAUGAUCUUGAUCAAGAUCAUAGCAACCAUGGCGGGGCUAUCGUAGCCGUUGAGAAAUUCUACUCUCCUGUAACCUCACCCUUUCCCAAAGAAGCUACCACACCCGAUAAUUGCCCUUUCUCUACUCCUCCUCCUCAACCACUACCUCUACUUCAAACGCAACCUCACCAUACUAUUCAUUUUAACCGUAGAGAAGAAGUGCCGCCGCAAACCGGCGUAGUUACUGAGGAACGCGGUGGAGAAAGAAAAGGGAGAGUUGGUGUCAGAUUUGGUGGUGUUGAGGAUAUCAGUGCCAGGAAUUUCAAGAAAAGAGGUGCUGUUCUUGACAAGGUUAAUUUAGGGCUUAGGGUUUUGGAAAUUGUGUUUUGUUUGAUUUCUUUUGCUGUUAUGGCUGCUGAUAAAACUCAAGGUUGGAGUGGUGAUUCCUUUGAUCGUUACAAAGAAUACAGGUUUUGUUUAUCAGUGACUAUCCUUGGGUUCCUUUAUUCAGCAUUUCAAGCAUGUGAUGUAGCCAAACAUUUAGCCACCGGAAAGCAUGUGAUCAACCACCAUCUCCGCUAUCAAUUUGAAUUCAUUAUGGAUCAGAUUCUGGCAUACCUUCUGAUCUCAUCCUCAUCAGCCGCAGCCUCAAGGGCUGAUGAUUGGCAAUCGAAUUGGGGAAAAGACGAGUUUACCGAGAAGGCUAGCGCAUCAAUCAGUAUGGCUUUUUUGGCAUUCCUUGGGUUUGCCAUGAGCUCUCUGAUUUCAGGUUAUAACUUGUGCAACCGUGAUUUGUCUUAAAUGGCUGAAGACAUUUAUGCACUUGUAUCAUCAGCUAGUGAUUUUUUUCAUAUACGUUUAGUUAGCUGUAGAAUUUGUACAGAAAAUAUAUGGAAUAGGGAGCUGAUGCAUAAUUUGUGAAUAAGUCUAUAUAUGACAAUAAUUAUGGGCCUUUGGCAAUUAAAUUGAGGGAUAAUAUUCCAGUUUUUUUUUUUUUUGCUGUCAGAUGAUGCUAGAAUUUCGUAAGGUUGCAUUUGAGAAUAAGUAUUUCAUUUCAAAUUUUAGAUUUCAAUUAUGAAAUUAUUAAUGAAGAAUUGAGAAUGACAAGGUUUGGGAAGUUUUAUCGAA